AUGAGGCAUGGACACUUGACGGAUCUCGUCUUUCACCAGGCAGUCUACAACUCAUGCGACGAGGAGUUCGAUCGCAGUGGCGGCAAGAGCAGCACGUGGCUGCUCCUCGAGCAUGCCCUGGCACGGCUCUACCAAGUUCGUGACGGCAUGCGCGUUCCCGAUUUGCUUCUUGUGGUUGUGCCAUCGGAUUCCACGCGCUUGCCAAGUAUUUUGGAGCAAUUCGUAGAGCGAUUUGCAUCUCGGAGUCUUCGAGAAGCUGCGACCUCCGACUGGCUCUAUGUUGUGGAAAGCCCUCCCUCAGGACUGUCCUGGUCAUGUGAAGGCCACAAGUUCAUGUCAGUCGGCUGCCAAACGGAAGUCGUUCCCGAG